UUCAUCAACUGUGCCGACCGACUGCCAGCCCUCGCACUCGCCAGAAAGAGAAAAGAGAACCAACAACUCAGGACAGGCCUGUAACAUUGCCCUCCGGAAUAGAGCUAUGGCUGACAUCGACAUUGACCGUUUGCUGGAAGUGGAGGCAUCUGCCAUUCAAAAGGAUGCAGAGGUCGAGCGUAUCAUGGCCUGCUUCAAGCUGGACCCGUACGAUAUCCUGGAACUGGACGUCGGAUGCGUAGAGAAGGACAUUAAGAUGGCAUACCGCAAAAAGUCGCUGAUGAUCCAUCCAGAUAAGGUCAACCACCUCAAGGCCCGCGACGCAUUCGAUCUCCUAAAGAAAGCAGAGACAGAUCUCAUGGAUCCUGCCAGGCGUUCCUUCCUGAACAGCAUCAUCGAAGAAGCCAAAUUCGAGGUCAAGAAGGCCCAGCCUUUGAAUAUGGCCCCGACGGACCCCUUCUUCACCUCACCCGUCUACAAAUCAUUGGUCAAGCAAAAGACAAAGGAUUUGCUGAUCGAGGUCGAGCUGCGGAAGCGGAAGCUGAUGAAGAAGGAGAUGGAAGCUGAGGGUGAGCAGGCAAGGAAGCAGGACGAGGUCCUUUCUGAACGGAAACGGAAACAGGAGGCACAGAAGGUCUGGGAGGACUCGAGGGAUGACCGUGUUCAGGGCUGGAGAAACUUCCAGGCGGGCAAGACUUCAGGCGGGAAGAUCAAAAAGAAGAAGCCUUCGACGUUCCGGCCACCCAAGGCUGUCGCAGAGGAUGCAACGCCCUACAGCAAGCGGCCGACGACGUCUUCUGCCACUGAAGGCUUUUAGACUGAACAUGUAUAUACAAUAAUGUAAAAAAAAUAAAAAAAAUGAACGCGUAGUGAUUACACAGUCUCUACAUUCCUUGGUCUGCAUGCAGC